AUGACAAGAACUAGACAAUCAAUUGCAACACCAAAAAAAGAAGCAGAAUUAAUUGAGACAUUAUCAAAAACAUCAAGAAAGGAUGGUGCUAUCGAUUUAAAAUCAAUUUUAAAAUUACAAAAUACUCCAAAAAGAAAAAGAGCUCCAGCUAAAAAAUUAGCCGAAGAGAAACCAAAAGAAGAAGAAAAACAAGAAGAAAUUAAUGAAACACCAGUAAAAUCAACCACACCACAAAAACAAACUACCCCAAAAGCAGCAACACCAAAAGUUGACUCACCAAAAGCAGCCUCACCACAACCACCACAACCAACACCAUUAACACCAAAAUCAAAUAAAAAAACUCCGGUUCAAAAUAAAACACCAAUUAAAACUCCAGUUAAAAAUGAAAAUCCAACAGCAUCAUAUCCAUUAACUCCAACACAAAAUGAUGACGAUUCAAAUAAUUACGAUGAUGAGGACUCAACCGAACCAAUUAAAAUUCAAACUGUUACUCCAAUAAAAGAAAACAAUAAUAAAAGAAAAGAAACUGGAGAAGAAAUCAAAACCUCAGUUCAACAAAAAAAACUUAAAUCGGAUCCAAGAGUAGAUACACCAUUGCCAGUUUCAAAAUUAAAUAAACCAUCAUUUGAAUUUAAAGUACCAGAAGUAAGACAAAUUUCAAAACCAGCAGCAAAAGAAAAUACUAAAACUUUAAAGGAAUCUAAAGAUACUAAAGAAAUUCCAGAUAAACAAACACCAGGAAAAGAAACAUCAAAAAAAACCCCAGCAAAAGAAACUCCCAGCAAAAAAAAAACUCCGGCAAAGGGAAAACUCCAGGUAAAAAGAGGUAAAAAAAAACUCCAGCAAAAACAAAACUUCCAGCAAAAGAAAGUUAAUUCAAACCUCCCGGCAAAAAGAAGAACUAAAAAUACACCAGCCAAAUUAACACCAAAAAAAAAUACUCCAGUUAAAGAGCAAGAAACAGAAAUUACUGAUCAAGAUGUUGAAUUUGAUGAAAGUAUUGAAGAUGAAACUAUUAACGAGGAUACCGAAAAUGUAGAAGAAAAUCAAAUUGAAGUUGAACAAGUCGAAGAGGGUAGUGAAAAUGAAAGUGAAAAUGAUGAUAACAACGAUGAACAAGAAGAUAUUGAAGAACUCGAUAUGGACUUUUUAAAAGCUGUAACUAAUAAAGAAUAUUUAAUUAAAAAAGUAAAAACAGAAAAAGAGAAUGAAAGAAAACUUUUAAUUUUAGAACAACAAGAAAAAGAAAGAAAAGAAAGAAUCAGAAAGAAGAGAGAGCUUAGAAGAGCUAAAGAAAACCCAUCACAUAUUAAAGCAAUUUCAGUAGACAGCGUCGACGAAUAUAUUUUUAAUCUUAAAAAACAAAAUAAAGAUCAACUUGAAAAUGAAAGAAAGGAAAAGGAAGAAAGAGUUUUACAAUCAUCAAAUAAAAAAGUUAAAGAUUAUAUUAAAUUUAAAUCACUUAGACGUGGUGUUCGUUCAAAAGUUACAAAAAGAUCAAUUGGUUUUUAA